GGAACCAAUAAGAUCGAAUAGUAUAAUUAUGAUCAUCACGCUUGCCAUAUGCCAAGCAAGUUUUCACUUGAUUCUCGCAUAUUAACACCAAUCUUGGGUGAUUUUCGUCCUGAGAUAGAUCAGUUAGAAACCAUUCAACGAAAGUUAAGAAUCCCGUACGUUUCGUUGAGGGAAGUUCUAUAGUCUGUCAUCAAACGUCCCAGUCGUUCUGCUGUUGCUAGGUUUGCGGAGUCGCCGUUAUCUUAUACUUCGUUGCUUGGCACAGUUCUAGAACCAAUAUGAGUUUCAACGAUUCUUCUCGUAUCGACACAAACGAAGUGAUGCCUGUUGGCCGGCGAGGAUUGGUGGUUCCACAGAACACUUUCCUUGAAAACAUCGUUCGUCGAUCAAAUGGGCUACAUCCCAAUUUCAUCUUGGGUAAUGCCCAAAUCCUCGAUAACCCGGUGGUCUACUGCAGCGAUGGGUUUUGUAAGUUGACAGGCUUCGCGAGGUCAGAUGUAAUGAAAAAAUGCUGUGAUUGCAGCUUUCUUUACGGCGACCAAACAGAAGACGACUCUACAAAACAGAUCCGAGAAGCUUUGCUCAAGAAACAUGCUUUACAAAUAGAAAUCAUAUUUUAUAAGAAAGAUGGGACUCCUAUGUGGUGUCUGCUGCAUAUUGGACCGAUCGUCAACGAGAAAGGAGAGGUGGUAUUAUUCUUAUUCACCCUUAAAGACAUUACAGAUUACAAAGACCCCAUACCUGGAACAGAUGCAGGAGGAACAAAGGGCUGGGCAAGACUAAACAAAUCACUCACAAGAAACUCCAAAAGUGUCUUGGUAGCCUUCAAACAGAAAAGCACGUCACAAAAGAACGCCCAACAGAUCAAUCACUUGAUGUCCUUGAACGAUGACAUAAUCCCUGAGUACAAACAAGACAUCCCAGAGACACCGUCCAGAAUUCUUCUCCACUACAGUACGUUCAAGACAUCAUGGGAUUGGCUGAUAAUUAUUCUUACGCUCUAUACUACUGUCAGUGUUCCUUUCAUUGUUUGCUUCGAGUACAACCCGAAUUUUCUUACGGUCAUCGAUAUGCUGGUCGACUGGCUCUUUAUAGCCGAUAUUGUACUGAACUUUCAUACCACGUAUGUUGGUAAUGACGGAGAGCUCAUAGAUGACCCGAAAAGGAUACGUAUGAACUAUUUAAAAACGUGGUUCGUGCUGGAUCUGGCCUCCUCACUACCGUACGGAAUUUUGUUUUUUGUUAUCAACGGAGCUGGACCGGAAAUAACAAAUCUUCUUGGUUUUUUAAAAGUCUUCCGGUUAUUGAGGCUUGGUCGAGUAGCAAGGAAGAUCGACAAAUACCUCGAAUACGGUGCAUCAACGUUCUUUCUUCUCAUGCUGACAUUCUGUCUCGUAGCACACUGGAUGGCAUGUCUUUUUUACAUCAUAGCAGUCAAAUAUGAUGAAUAUGAAUCAUAUGGAUGGCUUUUUGUCCUAGCGAACCAGAUUAAUUCACCAUUUGUUGUUGUGAACGGAACAUUGACUAAAGGACCUACUAUACCAGCGCGAUAUGUAUCUGCUCUUUAUUACACUUUAACGAGUCUAACGACCAUUGGAUUUGGAAACAUUUCUCCUAACACCACGGCCGAAAAGCUUUUUGGUUGCGUGACAAUGCUACUAGGAUCCAUCUUGUUUUCGCUGAUUUUCGGUCAAGUGUCCGCCAUCUUACAACAAUCUCAAAAGAACACAGCAAAGUAUCAUUCGAUCAUCGACAACAUGAAGCAGUUCAGCAAAAUCUAUAAACUACCUACUAUCCUCGCCGAUCGUAUUAUUGAUUACUUCAUGUCCACUUGGGCUACCAGUAAAGGCAUUGAUACAGAUGAGGUCCUCAAGUUCUGCCCAAAGGAUCUCCAAGCUGACAUUUGUGUCCACAUGAAUAGAGUUGUACUGGAAAACAACCCAGCCUUUCGAGAAGCUUCCAUGGGAAUCAAACGUGCAAUCGCCAGAAAUUUUUGGAUAUGUCACGUGGCCCCAAACGAUAGAAUUAUCCAUCAUGGAGAGAGCUUGGACGUUCUUUACUUCAUAGCACGUGGUUCGCUUGAGGUCAAACAGGGGGAGGCUGUCGUUGGUCUUUUAGGUGAAGGUGAUGUUUUUGGCGAUAAUAUCUGUACUGAGUCCACGGUCGGCCAGUCAGCGGUUGAUGUCCAUGCUCUGACGUACAGCGAUCUUCACUGCAUCCAGAGAGACGCGUUGAUUGAAGUGCUUGAGUUUUACCCGGAGUUUGCUUUUAAAUUUGCCAAGAAUCUCAUCCUUUCUUAUAAUUUACGCGAUGAGCUUAAAAUUCGUCCAAGAACCCAGAGUAUAACGCUACAAAACGAAGAGACAGACGAAAAGAGGCCAAUCAGUGGUGUGGGUUUCGGCAAGAGAAACAGACGAAAGCUGAGUCUUGUUGAAGAACUUGUCCAAACCUAUGACAUUCAAGACAUGUACCUGGACGCUGGUCCGAGCUCUCUCACUGAUCUCAACGAAAAGGACUCUAUUGAGAGAAUGGUUUUACCAGAUACCAAUAAAAAAGAACUCCGAGGCAAAGCCGAACUUUAUCAAGACUCGGUUGAUGUCAUAUCGAGCUUAUCGGAAAUGAAAGGCGAAGUCCGACGUGAAAUUGAAGUCAUGAACAUGAAAAUGACCCAGUUGGAGCAACAGGUCUCCACUAUUCUUGAUUUGUUAAAAAGUCAAGGACAUUUGAAUAGCAGAGCUUCAGGAAGUAUCAACGAGGCACCGACCUCCACCACAGAUAUUUUUAAUAAAAGUAUAGACUCUCAAGAAACUAUUUCACCCACCGUUUCGCCGAAAAAAACUCGGCAACGACGACUAAAAACACCUCCAAGAAGCCCAACGGUCAAAGAGCCCGCAAAAACCCAGGAUGAGGAUCAACUACCUGAUUGGCUGGCUCCACCGUCUGCUGCGUCACGCCAUAGUAUCCCUGACUGGGAAGAAGGAGACAGUUCUCAACAGAAUGCUUCAUCAGCAGCAAGAAUACUCAACGAUAACGCGGGUAAAAGUGGCAAAGAUAAUGCAAAAAUAUUACAGACUCUGAGUUUUAUGAAAAAAUAAUGGAUUUUUUAUUGGGAUUCGCUUCGUUGUACGGAAUCUUUUCUAUCUUUUCAAAUUUUCAAAGAGGAUCCGAGUUAUUUGAGCGAGGCAAAAUUAGUGUGGAAGUUUUAGGUUCUCAUCCAUGUGAUCACACAUUGCUGACGACAUUAAGGAAAACCACUGGGAGAUUAAACUAUACAAGUUUUGAAGACAUCAUAGCCUCGGUGUGCAGACGUUACUCCCUAUGUCCUCUCCCCACGGGACAUUUUGUCACCGAGAUGAGACUACACGAGGCUAUCGACCCCUUGUGGUACGUGGGAAUGCAGCUCAAUUUGGAGGACGUAACGAUAGGUAUCCAAUUCUCAGGAAAUUGAAAUUCUUUCGUUUUGUCCUCCAACUUAGCUGUUUUCCCAUGACAUGCAAUAGCGUUCAUUUAUUUUAUAAUCCAUACUAUUCAUUUGUAAAUAUUACAUUCGCAAUAUCAUCAUCCGUGUAAAAGUCUCAGCAAUGUUUUGCACCAAGGCCACGUAACACGAAACAUUUUAGAGCAAAAGUUGAGAUUUUUCUUGCUUGUCUGCAAGCAAUAUUCCUUUGUUUUGUUUAAGUUUCCGUACCAAGUUAAAUCUUCUGCGCAUGUUUAUAAAUUGCAAGAACUAGCCGUUCAUAAACAAUUCAGAGCCUCAUUUCAUGCUUAUACGUACAGAAAGCAUCUGUUUUUAUUUAAGGAAUUUAAAUGAAACACGAUGGCAUGUCUUUGUACUGUGAUAUAAGCACUCUGGGAACUGUAGAACACAAGAGAAGCAAGCUCUUGCUAUACGAGUGCUGUACAGCUCCCAGAGUGUUUACAUCACAGUAUAAAGACAUAAGCAGCCGUUUCAUAUUGCUUUUAUAAAUACUUUUGAACGACUUUGCGCGAGCGCGUCUCUGUCCUCUGAUAUAAACACGGUAGCCAGCCAAUCAGUUAUAUCUCAAAUAUUUUGUAAGUACAGUAUAUUAUUACUGAGCGAGCUCGAGAAAAAUCUUGAUGUGUAUGAAACUAGCUUUUGCUAAACAAAUGUGCGUAAAAUGCUAAAUAUUCUGGCACAAAAUCUUAUACAAAAUAAUAAAGCCUCCGAAGCUUAUUUAGAAAACAUUUUGGGAAGGAAUAUUAGUGAGUACGGAUGAUAAUUAAAUCCGGGCCCCUGUGAUUAUUUACUGAAAUAGUGUGAAUUAUCCGAAUUAUUUAAUUCACAUUUAUAUCGGUCUUGCUGUUCGGACAAACCAUCUGGGCCUGGGUCCUUUUACAAAGCAACCAAUCAAAAUUUAGAAUAAAAACAAAGCAUCGACGAAAUCAUAGUUCGGGUGUUCUGGGCCAGAAUAAAUCACAGAUUCACCUGUCAAAAUUCAAAUACAUUUCUAUGAACUGUAUAUAGUUUUUAGUCUCACCAGUGAAUUUAUAUUUGAAGCAGACGUUCCUGUUUCCGGGAGCAGCUAUGAAUUACAGCUAACAGUUCCAUCGCUAUUUGAAGCCCCUGGAAUUGAAGUUUAAUAUAGUGGGCCUAGUGCACCUAGGCAUAAUAUUUUGCCAAUUUCAGACCACGUGUCAUUCUCUUGAGAAUGAGAUUCUUUUGUUUGAUUUGUAUCUAUAGACCCUUUGCAUGUGACGUCAAACCAGCUCAAUUUGGAGAACAAAACAAAAGGAUUUCAAUCUCCUUAGAAUUGGAAACCUAUUGUUAUGUCCUCCAAAUUGAGCUGCAUCAAGACGUGCUGCAAGAGGUCUAUACUCAUGCUCCUUCUGAUGAGUAACCAUUAAACAAAGAAACAAUACUCUAGGGAAUAACACUUGGCUUGAAAUUGGGGAAACCUGAACUCGGCAUAUUCAAGUGUGGAUGGAAUAGCAGACUCCACCAAUAAAAUAGUGUUCAAAAUUCCAUUCAUUACAUAGAGUCGACCUCGUUGGCCAUUCUCUGUAAAGAAUGGCCAACGAGGGAGACUCCGCUAGCAGGGAAUUGAUUCCAUGGAAGUUUUCGCAACUAUCUCUCACCUAAUCAGGCGAUUUAGAAAUUAUCCAUCAUAAGAACACUGACACGUCAUAGUUAAGUAACCAAUCACCACAGGAACCCCGACUUUAGUUUUUCUGUCCCACAAAAGCUAAGCUUGGGUUUCCUGUGACGACCGUGAUGUAAAUUUCCAGAUUUCAUACGAUACUAACUCUUCUUGUGUAAAUGGAAUAUUUGUAAUUUUAUACAACGCGUUCAGGUAUUAUACGUAAGUUUUACUAGCAAUAAGAAAUACAUCGUGUAGAUCACGAUUAUAUAUAUUAUUUAUAGGUCUCACUUCGAGAGAUUUUCGUAUGAGUGGGGAACGUUACUGUAUGUAGCCGUACUGCUGUGAUUGGAUAAUUUAGUCGAAAACAUUGGAAGCCAUUUGAGUGUUACGGCUGUGACGUGCCGUCUACGUGCUGCAAGUCAGUACCGUAAGUUUCCCAUUCAUACGAUAACCGUUCUGUAAUAUGGUGUAUUUUAUUUUGACAGUCAGACUGUCAGUUCAAAGGUAUGCUCUUUUGAAGCAGGCCUCGUUUGAGAGUCACGCAAUGAUCUGUCACACAGUGCUCUGUCUCGAAAGAGAGGGAGAGAGCAUUGCGUGACGACUCUAAAAGCGUGAAUGUGGAGGUAGACUAUCUGUGUAUUUGACUUUAACUCUUCAAUUUCUAUAAAAUAAAACUAAAAACGAAGACAAUGUAUAUUUCACUGCAAAUAUCGACAUUAAAGUUGAAUCUUAGAAUUAUA